AUGGCGCCUUCGACAGCGUCGAAUUCAAUUUGCUGCUGUUUCAGAAGAGAUGACGAGGUUCAAAGGACGAUUUGCUCGUUUUAGAGUUUAGGAACAUUCUGAAUUCCAAAGAUCACUGAAAAAUAAGUAGAAAAUUGCGGCGGCAAGGGGUUUUGACCUAAGAAGUUAGAUAUUAGCAGGACCCUGAUAAUUGAAAGUAAAAUUUGAGUAGAGUUAGAUGUGAUCAGGACUUUUCGAAAUUGUCAUGAAGGAAGUAUAAUCAUAGAAGUUCGGCCAAUUUUCUGUUUAAUUUGUAAUUUCUCAUCCGGAAUACAGAAAUCUGAAGUUUCCAUCUCUAGACUCGCCGCCAGAGAACAGACGGAUCGUCAAAGGUCGUGGAACACUUGCAAGUGCCUCAAGUUGUUCUCAACUCUCCAGAAAAAAGUUCGACCGCCUCGCCUUCUGUAAUUUUUGUCGAGGAAGAGUUUGCGACGGCCAGGACUUCCAGAAUUACAAACACGUUGGUUUAUAUUUUUCCGAUCAGCAAAACACAGACUGUCUCUCCUCUUAUCUAAUCAUCAAAAGGGCUCGCUUUUUGGUGCUCAAUAUUUUGCUCUGUUUUGUUAGGACAGUGUCCAGAAGUUUCUUUGGGAAGAUCAGAUUUGAAUCAAAAUUGAAAUAUUAAAUCGUCUUCCAAAUGAUUCAUCGCGAAGAAAAUCUUGAAAAAAAAAAAACGAUUUUCAGAAAGUUCCUCUCGAUGAAGGAACUCAUGCGGACAGUCCGUAUUGAAGAAGGCCUCGAAGUGACACCUCAAGGGACGGCACGUGGCCCGAAUACUCAGCCUUCGACUUCCUCGGUGACGCAUCAGCCACUAAGUAACAGCUAUAAUCAGCCUAAGUAGGGUCUAGAAAUUACCGUAGUCCUCGUGUCUCUCCCAUUCUUCCAAUUCUCAUAUCCGCUCUCGCAACUUUGAUCUCACGCUAGUCUGUGAUACUUUAUUUUUUGUUCCGUGGAAAUAAAACAUUUUCUGAGAACCGGGGAGAUUUCAGACGUUGUGACGCUGAUCAGGUCGCCUGGGCCGAAGCGAUUCCGCAAGGCGGUUUUCAGUGAAGACGGCGAUAUAACGGCGAGGACCACGUCUACGCCAACGAGGUCCAUUUCAAAAAUAAAGACUGGACCGACAGGAGGAUAAUUUAAAUCGAUUUGUUUUUCUUUGAAAAAUAGUCCCAAAAAAUCUAGAGGUCUUGAAGAAGACCUCUCCCAGUCGCUACCUGGUAUGUUAUUUAAGGGUCUGCAUUUUCAAAGAAACAUGGUCGCGCUUUUUUAAAAUUUUAACAUUAACGACCUCAAAACUAAAUUUUUACGCACGUAAUAACAAUGGAAGAUUUUGAACAAGCUGAACGGCUGCACUUUCUAAAACUACGAGAAAUCUUAAAAAGUAACUACCAAAAGUUUUGAACGAACUUUCCAGACUAACUAAAAUUUUUAUUUGUGAUAUAAUUCGUCAUUGAGACAUUGUAGAGACAUUGUGAGAUUUUCGGGAAAUUGAAGGCUUUCCCAAUAAACUUUAAAUUUCAGGUCAGCGCGGAAUCAGCAUCGGUUUUCGAUCGGAAGCCUUGGGGCUCCUGUUUUGGAAGUCUCCAUCCCAGCCAAGUCUUCGACCGUCGUUCGCCUCGCUUCCGCCGUUCCUCAGCUCGUCUUUGCUAUGAUAACUGUCGCCUACGCUUACAUUGCUGGGGUUUUCACGUCUCUGGGAAGAUUUGUUGUCAAAUGA